UAAUCAAAGGCACUUGUAUGGGGAGAACGGUUGGCCUCUAAAGGGAUCGAGCCAGUUCAGGGCCAGCCUGCUGCUCUUUCCCUCCUUCCCUUUCCACACGCUCUCACUCUCUUUCCUGUCCUGUCCGUUUAAGGCGAGAAAGAUUGGGCGAGAAAAAUUCCUUCGAGCUACUUUGCUCCAGGUUCGUCUGGGAUUUAAACAUGCACACUGGGGUCUCGCUGCAGUCCAUGUCGGUGCCGUUGUUUCUGAUUCUGCUGUCUGCUGUGGAGGACACUUUGUUACAAUCGGUGAGCCAGGCGGGUGGUGCGUGCAGGCUGUCCACCGAGUCCUCUCUGCGCCGCUGCCGCACACCCGAUGGCAAGAUCUGCAGCGGGAAGGGCAAGUGCGAUUGCGGGCUCUGCACCUGCCUGGCCACGGAGCCGGGGAAGUUCUACGGGCCGCGCUGCGAGUGCCACGACUGGGUCUGCGCCGCGUUCAAAGGGAAAACGUGCAACGACCGCGGCUACUGCGACUGCGGGACUUGCGAGUGCGACGAGGGCUGGUUCGGAGAGGCCUGCCAGUUCCAGGAGGAGUGUGAGCUCUCCGGCAAGGGGAGCAAAGAGCUCUGCAGGAACCCGCAGGGCGUGGUGUGCUCCAACAGAGGCACCUGCCACUGUGGCAGCUGCAUGUGUGACAACAAGGACGCCGGGGGUCUGGUGACGGGACGCUUCUGUGAGUGUGACGACAGCGAGUGCGUGGACGAGGAGAACGGCGAGGUGUGCGGAGGCCACGGCCAGUGUUACUGUGGAAACUGUUACUGCGCCGCUGGUUGGCAUGGAGACAAAUGUGAAUUCCAGUGUGACAUCAGCCCAUGGGAAAGCAAGCGGAAAUGCACAUCUCCAGAUGGCAAAAUCUGCAGCAACAGAGGGACCUGUGUGUGUGGAGAGUGUAACUGUCAUGAUGUAGAUCCCUCCGGCGACUGGGGGGACAUCCACGGAGACACCUGCGAGUGCGACGAGAGGAACUGCCAUGCAACCUACGACCGCUACUCUGAUGACUUCUGCUCAGGUCAUGGCCAGUGUAAUUGCGGCAGGUGUGACUGCAAGGAAGGAUGGUCUGGGAAGAAGUGUGAGCAUCCUCUCUCCUGCUCCCAGCCUCCGGAGAGCAGUCUGAAGAAGUGUAGCGGAACGUCCAAUUUGCCCUGCUUCGGACGAGGUCAGUGCCGGUGCGGACAGUGUACCUGCUACCCACCUGGGGACAGUCGUGUUCACGGCAAAAACUGUGAGUGUGACGACCGUCAGUGCGAGGACAUCGGCGGAGAGGUCUGCGGAGGUCACGGCUACUGUUCGUGCGGACGCUGCAUCUGCGAGGAGGGCUGGUUCGGGAAGCUGUGCCAGUUCCAAAGGGCCUGCGACAUGAGCGACGUUCAGAGCAAGGAGCUGUGCGAGACCUCGGACGGAGUCAUGUGCAGUGGGAAAGGUUCCUGUCACUGUGGCAAAUGUAUCUGCUCUCCCCAGGACUGGUGGGUGUCUGGAGAGUAUUGUGAGUGUGACGACCGAGAGUGUGACAAACAUGACGGUCUCACCUGCACAGGGAACGGGUUGUGCAGCUGCGGCAACUGUGAGUGCUGGGACGGCUGGACGGGGAACGCCUGCGAGAUCUGGGUGGGAGAAGAGUACUGAAGGGGGGGGGCGCUGACGCUGAGAGACAACAGAGCAACCAGAAGCAGCGCUGAUGGUCACGAGCAGGCUGGUUGAAAAGCACCGCAACCCGGAAAGAACACCGCAGGAAGGAGAAGAUCAAACUAAACCUGGAUUUGAUUCUGCAUAUCACUAACAUUCUUUUAUUGUACUGGUUACAAGUGAUCCUUAUUGUAGGUGUGAAAGAAACAUAUUAGCGUGCAAACAUUGGUUGAAAAAACAGAUUUAUGUAUAUUUCAUUGCUUUAUUCAUAAUGUAGGAACGUGUAUGUAGUCCAGGAGGUUACACAUGAGAUGAUGCAGGUACAUGACCAGUCCAGAUGUUGGAAGGGGAACGAUUAAUUAAGUCUUUUUUUUUUUCAAAUAACGUAGAUCUGUUUCAGACUGAUGAGGAGAGGUGUGUUGUUCCACAACUUGACAGAAAGUUCACACAUAGUUGAGGCCGAGGUUUACUGUUUGAGGUUUUUAUUUCUUUUUUUAAUAAUAAAACAUUAAAUGUGCCGCAUGACAACAUUUUGCAUGGAAAACAAUGAGAAGACCUUAAUCAUACAUGGUUACAAAUCUGUUAUAACAUGACACAACUCCAAUGGGCAUACUUGCAAUGGAAUAUAUAUAUAUAUAUAUAUAUAUAUAUAUAUAUAUAUAUAUAUAUAUAUAUCUAUAUAUUUUCUUUUUUUGUUGUCGUUGAAAAUAAAUAAUUGUAACAGUGCCUAAUUCUUCUCCACGGGGUAACCAAACAAUUAGCCAAUGAAAGCUCACCGUACAGAAGGUACGUGAAGUACAUUUCCCGCUCAACACAGAGGUGACGAGGUCGCAUUUCGACGUGGAGGAAACAAA